UUUAUCAGCCAACCAUUUUAUGUUCGGCUUUCCCGCUGCUUUGAGGUAUCGACCUCAAAUUAUCAAUCCUAUACAAAAAUAAGGAAAACGCCAAGUAUAUAAAUACAAGUGGGAAAAAAUAUAAUUUUAAUGAGUACUGAGUUUUGGAGAGAUCGCAGCGAAACGGCAAGACACAAUGAUAUCGGUUUACGACCCUGAUCUGCCAUGCGUGCACAAAAUAGCCGUUAAUAUAACCAAUGGCAGCAAGAUCAGGAUACAAGGAAGCAUACCACAUGAUGCUUACAGAUUCUGGAUAGAUUUCCAAUGCGGUCUUAGCAUGAGUACCAACGUCGACGUGGCAUUCCACCUGAACCCAAGAUUCGACCACAUGGCAGUGGUCCGCAACACCCUGAUUGACGAAGAGUGGGGGGAGGAAGAGAGGACUGGUGGUAUUCCCCUGUUUAGAGGAGAAGACUUCGACAUGCUGAUAGAGUGUGACAUACGAUGUUGGAAGGUGUCCAUCAAGGGGCAACACUUCUGCGAGUAUAUUCAUCGCAUCGAGUACAAUCGCAUCACUCACCUGGUCGUCUUUGGCGACGUCAAAAUUAUAAGGUGCAAUAUUGACGCACCGUCCCAAGAUGCCUAUGACCAGAAUAUUAUGCAGUGCGUGCAUAAAAUACCCGGUGGCAUAUGCAGUAGCAGCAAGAUCAGGAUACAAGGAAGCAUACCACAUGAUGCUCACAGAUUCUGGAUAGAUCUCCAAUGCGGUGCAGACGUCGCAUUCCACAUCAACCCUAGAUUCGACCAGAUGGAGAUAGUUCGCAACACCUUCAGUGCCGGAGUUUGGGGGGAAGAAGAGAGGAGCGGGGGUAUGCCCCUCUGCAGAGGAGGUAACUUCGAUAUGCUGAUCGCGUCUGAUGAAGAAUGUUUUAGGGUGGCCAUCAACGGGCAGCACUUCUGCGAGUUUGUUCAUCGCAUCGAGUUCGUGCACAUCGACCACCUGACUGUGUACGGCGACGUCAAUAUAAAACUGAUCAGCUUGUAAAAACCACAAUUUUGAAUUAUAAAAAAAUAUUUUUUUAAGAUAAAGCACUUAAAUUAAAGCAUUAUCUACCUAGUGUGAGAUUGCCAUUGUCAUAACAAAAAUAUCUUAUAAUUAGUUACCUCUUGAAUGUUACGCAAUGAAAUACGAAACUCAAAAUAAAACAGGCUUCCAAAAACUAUAUCAAGCUAAUAUCAAAGGAAUUUUAUUUCACACGGCUCUCAAAUAUUGCAUGUACCGAACAAGGGAAACAAACAUAAGAAGAAAAAUAGAGAUAAAUUGAGAGAACCUUUUUGAAAAGUCGUUCAAAAGACACUAAACUCUCACCGUAGGUAUAAUGGAAUAGCAACUCCUUAACUGUAAAAUAAUCGUUUCUAUUUAAAAUUAAGUUAAGAUUUGUAUAAAACUGUAUUUUGUGUGAAAUAAACAGCUUUUUUUUAUUUA